GCGGCGAACGAUUCGAUGUUAAUCUACCUGCAAAAUCCGCCUCCAUCCUUCUAAUUUGGGACUAGAAUGACCCCCGAAAUACGGGUAACAUCAACUACGCGUCUCGCGCCACCGAAUGAUAUCGAUAUUUUCCGUCUUCGUCUCUCAAAAAGAUAAGAAAGGGAUGUGGACAUCUCGCCUGGUGGCGGUAGGAGCGGUGCUCCAGCGGGGACGUGGGUUGAGGGGGCUGUGAAGGCGCACUGACCGAGGCGAACGAAGGUUAAACGCGGAGCGUCAACGACGAGCAGCCGUUCACCGCCGACAUCGCGUCUGUCCGCAGUAGCGACCAGCGGCAUGGAGCUGAGGGUGGGGAACCGGUACCGACUGGGCAGGAAAAUCGGAAGUGGGUCUUUCGGGGACAUCUAUUUGGGCACAGAUAUCUCAGUGGGGGAAGAGGUCGCCAUUAAGUUGGAAUGUGUGAAGACCAAACACCCCCAGCUGCACAUCGAGAGCAAGAUCUACAAGAUGAUGCAAGGAGGAGUGGGCAUUCCAACCAUAAAGUGGUGCGGGGCAGAAGGCGAUUACAAUGUGAUGGUGAUGGAGCUGCUGGGGCCCAGCCUGGAGGAUCUCUUCAACUUUUGCUCGCGCAAAUUCAGCCUGAAGACCGUGCUGCUGCUCGCUGAUCAGAUGAUCAGUCGCAUUGAGUACAUUCACUCCAAGAACUUCAUUCACAGAGAUGUGAAGCCGGAUAAUUUCCUGAUGGGACUGGGCAAAAAGGGCAACCUGGUCUACAUUAUCGACUUUGGCCUUGCUAAGAAGUAUCGCGAUGCUCGCACACACCAGCACAUCCCCUACCGCGAGAACAAGAACCUGACGGGCACCGCCCGCUACGCCUCCAUCAACACACAUCUGGGGAUCGAGCAGUCUAGGCGCGAUGACCUGGAGUCCUUGGGAUAUGUUCUCAUGUAUUUUAACCUGGGCUCGUUGCCCUGGCAAGGCCUCAAGGCCGCCACCAAAAGGCAGAAGUAUGAACGGAUCAGUGAGAAGAAAAUGUCCACCCCCAUUGAGGUGCUCUGCAAGGGAUACCCCUCUGAGUUUGCGACCUACUUGAAUUACUGUCGUGGCCUGCGCUUCGAUGACAAGCCGGACUACUCGUACCUACGGCAGCUCUUCAGGAACCUGUUCCACAGGCAGGGCUUCUCCUACGACUACGUCUUUGACUGGAACAUGCUCAAGUUUGGAGCCAACCGGGCAGCAGAGGAAGCGGAGCGAGAGCGCCGGGACCGCGAGGACCGGCUGAGACACGGCAGGAACCCAGUGGCCCGCGGGAUACCUGCUGCCUCAGGACGACCACGAGGAGCCCAGGAAGGAGCCCCGCCCGCCCCUCUGACACCCACCUCACACACAGCAAACACGUCCCCCCGUCAAGUCUCUGGGAUGGAGCGAGAGCGAAAGGUCAGCAUGCGUCUGCACCGCGGCGCUCCCGUCAAUGUGUCCUCGUCCGACCUCACGGGACGGCAGGACGCGUCUCGCAUGUCCACCUCGCAGAAUAGCAUUCCCUACGAGCACCACGCCAAGUAGACGCUCGCCACGUCCUUGUGUGACGGCGGCAACACUGGAUGGUCUCUGCUGUACCGACUGCUGGCCUCCAUCUCCUGGCUCCUCGAUGAGCCCCCACGAUGCACUUUGGCGGCACGAGCCCUCCUUUCUCCCUCCCUUCCUGUCUGACCGACCAACACACCGGGACACGUUGUCCAGGACUGACGUGGCCGGUGGUUUCUAGGACGCUGAGGACAACCGCUGUCCUCAAACACGUGUCGUCGAUGGCUCCAUUUCCACGGUCACGUCUGUGCCGUACGGCCGCUCACAGUCAAUAAACUGUGUGUGAUGCUGAACCAGCAGCUUCCAUGAUCUAUAGUAGUCUACGUGUAGUCUGCAGCUUUUCCCAUCGUGUCUCUGGUUCUGUUUAUCGACUGCAGAGCCGUCCUGAAUAAAAACAAAGUCCUUGUUUUGCAUGUUUUUUUUUGAGGUGUGUGAGGCCGGAGUGCUGGUUGAACCUGAGCGUAGCAAACACUGCGUCUGUAAGAUCACGUUCAUUCUCUAAGUUGUAUCAUGUUGAAGCUGUGAACAGCGUGUAAAUGUCGGCUCGUCACCACUGGUUCUGACCGGGUCCAUGAACACGUGACCUCUUCAGAGAAGCCGCGCUGCCCGAACGUGAGUCGUCCCACAGCAGCACCGUGACACGACUGGUGUGACUCUCGGACUAAAGGCCCGUCAGUUCAUUCUCGCUGCUGCUCAUUCUCUUGUUUUGGACUUUGACCCUUGACCUCUCGGUCAGCCGCUCAACACCUAGUGAAUUAUGGAAGUGGAGAGAUCGCAUUUAUAUUUGUGUACUUAAACUGUAAAUAAAAGAAUUACUUGUACCUUGUU